AUGGCGGGCGGCAGCCAAUGGCGGCGCUGCCCGCCAGGGGAUUUCCAGCUGAGGGGAGCGGAGCCCGGGAACAUGGCGGAGGAGGGAGCUUCCCGUGUUCCCAUAGGAGCUGCCCUGCAGGAUCCCGGCCUGGCCAUGGCGCACGCUGCUCCUGUCCCUGCGAUCAUCGAGGAGGUGAUGAAGGAGGACGGAUUCCAGCCGGAUCCAGCCCCGCUCCAUCCCAAACCCCCCCCCCGACCCUCGGCCAAGCUGGUGCCCCGCGGCUCCAGCCCCAUGGUGGGCACCGCGGGGGCAGGCGGCGCCCCACAGCUCACCCAGAGCCUCAGCAGCCUCUCGCUGGGGGGGGAGCGGAGCCGGUGGAUUCCCGGCGCCGGGAAUGUGAAGGAGGAGCUGGAGGAGCUGCUGGAGCCGCCCCGGUUGGUGAUCACGGAGCAGCCCAAGCAGCGCGGGAUGCGCUUCCGCUACGAGUGCGAGGGCCGCUCGGCCGGGAGCAUCCUGGGCCAGAGCAGCACCGAGGCCAGCAAGACCCUGCCCGCCAUCGAGCUCCUGAACUGCGGCGCGAUCCCGGAGGUGACGGUGACCGCGUGCCUGGUGUGGAAGGAUUGGCCCCACCGCGUGCACCCCCAUGGGCUGGUGGGCAAGGACUGCAGCAACGGCCUCUGCCAGGUGGUGCUGAGGCCCCAGAGCAACCCCCGGCACAGCUUCAGCAACCUGGGCAUCCAGUGCGUGAAGAAGAAGGAGAUCGAGGCGGCCAUCGAGAAGAAGCUCCAGUUGGGAAUCGACCCCUUCAAAGCCGGAGCGCUCCGGAACCACCAGGAGGUGGACAUGAACGUGGUGCGGAUCUGCUUCCAGGCUUCCUACCGGGAUGCGGCGGGACACACGCGGCACCUCGGGCCCGUGCUCUCUGAGCCCAUCUUCGACAAGAAAUCCACCAACACGUCGGAGCUGCGGAUCUGCCGCAUGAACAAGGAGAGCGGGCCCUGCACGGGGGGCGAGGAGCUUUACCUGCUCUGCGACAAGGUCCAGAAAGAGGACAUCGCGGUGGUGUUCCGCACGGCCACGUGGGAGGCCCGCGCCGACUUCUCGCAGGCCGACGUUCACCGCCAGGUCGCCAUCGUGCUCCGGACCCCCCCGUACCGGGAGCUGGAGCUGCAGCGGCCCGUGGAGGUGGAGGUGGUGCUGCAGCGCCUGACCGACAGCGCCUGCAGCCAGGCCUUCACCUUCACGUACCUGCCCCACAGCCACGGUAACGGGGGGGGAU